AGGAGGGACGAUUUCGCUUCGUUGUCGCCCAAUAUUUAAUUUUGUGGUGAUUUGUGUAAAAAAUUUAUAGUUGAACUAAAAUUUGUGAAGUUAUCUGGUGCAUCUAUGUAUGAAAGUUACUUUAUCCGGUUACCUUUUGCUCGUUUACCGUGAAAUAUAACAUACCGACCGCUCCCUAGGCGUAGAUUUGUACGUCAGUCGCGUAUUAUUUUCCAUGCCUGUUUGUACUGUCUACUAGCAUUAGUAGGGGCCGUGAUGGUAAAAGCUAUUGGAAAGUGUACCCAUUAAUGAAACUUCGCGAAAAUCGUAUCCCACGUUCCGUUUUAUGUGAUUCUCGUGUUUAGUAGUUUAGAAGAUUGUGGCCAUUACGGUGUCGCCUUGUCAGCGUUACUGUGCUAUCGGGUUUGAAGCAUAAAAUGCCCUUAUCGUUCAGUACACCAGCCGACUUUUAGACGGGCCGGUUGCCUAGUCAUGAUAAUCAUACCACAUCAGAAAUGGAAGGCGUGAAGAAAAUACAUUCGGGUACACUGUAUCGGAACGGUCCCGUGGAGGGUGCGUACGGUUCGCAACACAGUCCCGUGUCGCGAUCGGACGCCUCCACAGAGGACGCAGAGCUGUCAGCGGCGUUAGCGCAUCAACACCAUCUAGCUAUGCAGGCUGGUGACUAUCCCCCGAUGAGCAGCGGCGUCGAUCCUGACUACGGGCAGUACGUGUCGUCGCCGGCAGCUCACUACAACCACAUGGGGCAUUUGACUAUGGCGCCCUCGCAGAAAUAUCCGCAUGUAAUGGAUUCGGUGUCGGUGAGCGGGGGCGGGAGCUAUGCGGGAGUGGGGGGCGCAGGGGGCGCGGGCCACUAUGGCACGUACGGACACUACGGCGCGGCCGCCUACCCACAGCCCGCCUACAUGGUCGAUCCGGCCCAAGUACCGCCUUAUAUGGCACAGGAGUACGUCGAGGGAGGAGGUAGUGCGUCACCCAGGAGUGCUUCACCUGGUGCAUUGCCGCAGCACAAUCUACAUCUGCAACAGAGGUACGACUCGGCGUCUCUGGAGCAGUUGGGGCGUCAUUACUGCGUGACGUCACCGCGGGGCGAGUACGCAACGGACGCGUACGGCUAUCAACACUACCCCGCCGCGUACGACCCGCCGCAUCAACCGCCGCCCUUCAAGGACUCACAAAACGGACUAAGCAUGGGUAGCGCUGGAGGACAAUCAAUGUAUGGAGACGAGGAGGAAUUGCAGAAACAAAUGGCUAGCAUGGCUUUAGUACACGGAGGUCGUGAAGACGGAGGCGGGCUGCAGUGGCGCGAUCCGAAUUUACCGGAGGUGAUCGGCUUCCUGAACUCUCCGUCGGAUGUCGUCAAAGCUAACGCCGCAGCCUAUCUACAGCACCUGACCUAUAUGGACGACCCUAACAAACAGAAGACCAGAAGUUUAGGCGGUAUCCCGCCCCUUGUGCGGCUGGUGUCGCACGAGAACCCGGAGGUGUGUCGCAACGCGUGCGGCGCGCUCCGCAACCUGUCGUACGGGCGCCAGAACGACGAGAACAAGCGCGCCAUCUGCGACGCCAACGGCAUCCCCGCGCUCAUGGCGCUCUUGUGUCGAGCCACCGACAUGGAGGUUAAGGAAUUAGUUACCGGUGUUAUAUGGAAUAUGUCAUCGUGCGAGGACCUCAAGCAGUCGAUAAUCGAUGACGCGGCUCAGGUCAUUGUGAACAAAGUUAUCAUACCGCAUUCUGGCUGGCAUCCCACCAACCCUGGAGAUACUUAUUGGUCUACCGUAUUCCGCAACGCGUCGGGCGCGCUGCGCAACGCGUCGAGUGCGGGCGAGUACGCGCGGCGCCGCCUGCGCUGCCUGGCGGGGCUGGCGGAGGCGUUACUGCACGCGGUGCGCACGGCGCUGCACGUCAACGCGAUCGGCACCAAGGUCGUCGAGAACUGCGUCUGCGUGCUACGGAACCUCUCCUACAGAUGUCAAGAAAUCGAAGACCCCCUGUACGACACUCGAGCACCUCCCACACAGUCGUCGGGACAAGCCAGGAUACAGGCCAGCGCUUCGAAAGUGUUGUGUUUUCCGCAAGGAGAAAACCUCGGCUGUUUCGGAGGAAGUAAAAAGAAAAAGGAAGGUUCUUCGUCGUCGAACUCGACCAGUCCACUCGGGAAGUCCGAGCCCGAACCGCAGCCCGUUGAGAACAACACCCAGCUCGGUUACUCCGUACCCAAAGGAACGGAGAUGCUCUGGUCUCCGGAGGUGGUCCCGCUGUACAUGGCGCUGCUGCAGACGUGCUCCAACCCGGAGACGCUGGAGGCGGCGGCCGGCGCGCUGCAGAACCUCGCCGCCUGCUACUGGCAGCCCUCCAUCGACAUACGCGCCGCCGUCAGGAAAGAAAAAGGGUUACCGAUCCUGGUGGAACUGUUACGUAUGGAGGUGGACCGCGUGGUGUGCGCCGUGGCCACGGCUCUACGUAACCUGGCCAUCGACCAACGCAACAAGGAGCUGAUCGGGAAGUACGCGAUGCGCGACCUCGUGCAGAAGCUGCCCAGCGGGAACCAGCAGCACGAUCAGGGUACUUCGGACGACACAAUAGCCGCCGUGCUGGCGACCCUCAACGAAGUGAUAAAGAAGAGCGGCGAGUUCUCGCGGUCGCUGCUGGAGGCGGGCGGCGUGGAGCGGCUCCUCAACCUCACCAAGCAGCGCCACCGGCACACGCCCAGGGUCCUCAAGUUCGCAGGUCAAGUGCUGAUGACGAUGUGGUCCCACGCGGAGCUGCGCGAGGUGUACCGCAAGCACGGCUGGCGCGAGGCCGACUUCCUGACGCCGGCGCGCGCCGCCCAGCAGAGGUCGUCCUCGGGCAGCAGCGCGGGUCCGGGGGCCGCGUCGGGUGCGCCGCACUCGCCCGGGCACGCCAACAGCACGCUCAGCCGGCCCAUGGCCUCGACCGGCGGCACCAGAUACGAGGACCGCACCAUCCGCAGGCAUCGCGAGAACGAUGACGUGCCGCCGAUGGAUGCGAACAACUACCAAGAGGGGAUGGGCAUGGGCAAUCCGAACGGCCGGCCAAUGAACCUGCAGGGCGUGCAGGCUCAGAUGCCAAUGCCGCCCAGCAGUCGCUAGCUACACCUAACGUCUGACGAUUCACAGCGAUGAUCAUAUCAGGGAAUCGAGAGAAUAUUUUUGUGUUUCAUUCAAAUUUUAUUGACAAGCUACUGACAGGAGGAAUCAAUAUAGAGAUGAUAAAGGUGUGUCCAAACAUAGAGCGGCAGGCGCACGGCAGUAACACUUUACUGGUGGUAGGACCUGUUGUUAGUCCUGUUGAGAUCUUAGAACUUAUAUGUCAAGGUGGGUGGCGAAUUUGCGUCGUAAAUGUUUAUGGGCUCCAGUAACCACUUAACACCAGGUGGGCUGUGAGCUCGUCCACCCAUCUAAGCAAUAAAAAAAAACGCGGCAUUUGCAGGACACGGCACAAGCGAAACACGCGGCGCUCUUCAUUUGAUAUCAAAACUAAAAUGAAAGCGGUUGCUUAUUAUUAUGAUAAUCCUUAUGGCGAGGAUCCCGUAACUCAUUGAAAGAGCCAUAUAUAUCAAUGAAGCGAACUGAUGUUUCAAUAUUUAUCUUUUUGUAUGUGUGUAUACACGUCCAGACACGAUCAACGACCAAUACACAAACCUACAAAAUAUGUUCGCGCGUGGCAGACGUCCGAUCUAUGUUCGUACACACCCUUAUGUGUUGUUGUGUUCCUAAUAUAGAAUAUUUAAAUUUUAUUGACAAGUCAAUUGACAACAGCAACAGUUAUCUGCCAGGAAAAGGGAAAAAUAAUUUUAAAUUCGAAAGCAAAUAUUGACUUUAAAUCGUCUUAUACAAUAUGAGUAGCACACUAGAACUACCGGUUGUAUUUGUUUUCACAUUAAAACACCACAUUAGAUAUUGCACGAUCUAAGAUUUUCCAAUAUAAUCAUCAAUAUGAAUCGUAACGAAUAUAAUAUAUUUAUUAGGCUUUGUGAGAAUUACAUCAUUAAACAAAUAAGUUUCACUAUAUAAUUUAAAGUAUUCUUACAAAGCCAAUAGUUGUAGUAUGACAUUAUCUGCACGAGUAUUUAUGUUAAGAAAAAAGAAGACAAAAGUAGCUCCUUCAGUGUUGAAAUUUAGAUGUGAAUUUAACGUUCAAGUGUACAGUUAUCAACAAAAUACGAAAAUGAAAAAAAUAUAAAAAUAAUACUGGAAUCAUCAAUUUCUGUUUUUGUUAUUAACAUAUUUAUACACUUUCAAUUUGUAAGAAGGUAUUGUUUUUAUUUUUUAAAUUAAAUUAAUAUUAUUUAAUUUCUAUUUCGGAUUAGUGUCGGUAACUGUACAUUUUUUUUUUAAAUGUAAACGUUUAUAGGCCUAAAUACCGAAAUGUAUUUCAUUUCAAUUCGGCCAUCAUUAAUAUAUUAAUUACGUUUUGUAUAUUAUCAUGUCAAUUCCCUUGUGUAUAUAGUUGUGCCAUCUUCUGUAUUAAUAUAAUAAUAAUAAUAAUACUAAUAAUAAUAAUAAUAAAGUUUUUUGUAGUUGUUGUGACGUAUCUAUGUCUAAAUAAGUAAAACGUCUUUUUUUUUAUCCAUAUAUAUUUUUUGCCACGGACGUACGGUUCAGUGUUCGUAAUGAAAAAGCUAAUAUUUGUAUUGGAAUUUGCGAAAUGUAUCGUGUUUUUUUUAUUAAAUUAACAAUGUAUACAUUCUAAUAAAUAAAUAUCGGUUGUAUAUAGAGAGGUGCUGACAAACGCAAUCCAUCAAAGAAAAUCGAUAAUAAUGAUAAAGAUCGAAAUUCACUCUUCUUCUGAACAGCAAACUGAAUAAUAUUAAUUUAUUGGGAAACAAACAAAGAAUGAAUUGAAACACUAUAUAAAUGUAAAUAAAUGAUUCCUUAAAUUAGAUCCGGCACAAGUACACUAUAUACAAUCGAUAUUGUAACGAUCAAAGAUUACAAUUGAAAUGCAUCAAGCACUGGUGAUGUAAAAAAAAAAAUACAUUAUAGAUAACCACGAUUUGAAUAUUGUAGCAUUGUCUAAUUUGUAUGCCGUAAACUAUUAUUUACAAAAAAAUAUCUAACGUGAAAAUUAUUUCUUGGAUCGUUCGAUAGAGGAAUGAUUUGCUGACGUUUCUAUCAGGUUGAAUGGGUAGUCAAAUGACCAGAAUAUUUGUGUCGGUCUUACGGCAUAGUUAAAGUUUAGAAUUCGAAGCUUAGUCCUGAAUUGAGUUUUUCUUUUCAAGCGUUUCAUAAGAAAUUAUUUGUAUUAAAACUUCACAUCAGCAAAGAUAAAUAAUGUAUUUGUAAAUUCAGAAAAAACACUCUCCAUUCUCAGUCCAUUCAACCCUAAAUAGUGAUUUAAUAUAAUAAAAUAUAAUUUUUGUAAUGUUUUAUAUCCAUUCCACGUCUUUUUACGGUUUAAUAUAUAAAAAUAGGUUCUAUUGUCCUUAUAAACUUAAUAAGAUAAGGAAUAUCCGUCUUAUAUAAUUAUAGCAUUAAGAUGCAUAAUCGUUUACCGCGUUUUUGUUCUUAUCAUGACAAUUUUCAAACGGAAGUUGCUUGAACGCAAUAUUCAUAAAAAAAAGUAUAAUUUAGUGGGUUGUACUCUAAAACACCAUAAUCGAUUUUAGUUCACAAUACUUUGGUAUCGAUCAAACGAUAUAUCGAUUCCGUAGAAUUUGAUAUGACACGAUACGAUAAAUCGUGAAAGAGAUAUGAUUUUUAUGUAUCGAGAUUUUUAUAUCGAUUGUUAUGAUUGGCCGGUUAUAUGGGCCCGAUAUGAUUUCGUUUUGAUGUUGUGAUUUAAUUGUAUAAUUAGGGUCAUUCAUCUUGUGAACGACGUCGUCCUAUCAUAGUACAAUGGCUGAUAGACUCUGACGUUACCCGUCACACAACGACCCAUCGUGAAGUGUUGAUAGAUUUUUAGAAAAUUAACAAACAAAUAACAACAGACAGUUAAAUAAAUUGUGAUAUUUUUUUUUGUUUUCUCUCAUAUAUAAUUAACAAUAGUUGUGAAUCCGUGAAAGACGGUAGCUUUAAAAGUCCAUAUUAUUAAUGUUUUUUUUUUUAAUGUUUCCCUCCGCAUAUGAUUUUAGUGGUAGUGUUUUAUUUAUUUGACACGUUUAUCUAGGUUAGUUUUAGGAGUAAGUCUCGGCGUGACCUUACAUGCACAAGAAUGCAUUUCAUAGAGUUGGAAAUGGGCUUACAUCGACUGAAUAAUCCUUGUACAAAUUACCCUCAAAACAGUGCAUUAUAAUGAUUUAAGUACGUGUAAGUUUUUUGUAUGAUAUUAUAAAGGUUUUGUACAAGAUCGCAACUUGCCGGACCCAGGUCGCUUCCAUGAAGCGAUCGAUUGAUUUUCGUUGUUGGCCGAAGCGUUUUAUAUGAAGACUUUUUGUAUUUAGAUUUAAGAUGAUUAUUUAAUCACUUCUUAUUUAUCAACUAGAUAAGUAUAUACAAAGUUAGGAAUUAUUAUAUUGUUUUUGUGUUGUCUCAUAAAUUUUAUGUAACCACUGUAGCAUAGGAUUUUUUGUAGCAUAUUUUUUUUUUUGUAUCAUUUUAUCGGAAACUUCCAUUUCAUACUAUAAAGAUCUCUAGUUCUUUCCAAAUUUUAUGUUUUUUUAGAUUAGUGAAUUGAAGUAGAUAUAUUGUAUUGUCUGUGGUUAACCAUAGACUAAGUUAAGGAGUCCUUGCACGAUAGGAAAGGUAAAGCAAAAAAAAACUUCUGUAAAAAAGACAUUUCAUUGCUCUGUUUCAUGUUGUAUGAGAAAAGUCAUUUUGAAGGGUUAGUGGUGUUUUGAUUCUAUUAAAAAUACGCAAUGAAAUUUCUGAGAACAGUUAGAGGAAACUAUUCAAAUAUAGGAGUGAGGGUAUGGUACAAAAUUGUUGCUAAAUUUUUUCAAAAAGAAUAGCGUAAUUAAAAAAAAAAUACAUUUUACAAGCGUUCUUACUAUUUAUAAAAUAAUUCAAUAAUGUUAUUCAAACAUAAGUACUCCUAACAGUAGAGAAUUGCCUGUAUUUUAGUUCAUGAAUAACGCGACGAUUAUUCCACAUUUAAUAUAUACACUCCUUGAUUAUAGACGCCUGAUAGAAAUUAGACUUUAUCGAAAUGUUACUUCACAAGACAUUGAAUCGAAUCUAGGCUUUUCGAGUUUCUUCAAUCAAUUAUCAUAUUUAAUUAGCCCACAUAAUCCGCUGUUGGAUCUUGCAGAUACAGCAUCCAGGGGCUUCCCCUUUAACAUCCCAUCAGCUCCUAUUAUGGUAAGCCUAACCACGCUCUGUUUUCCGGUACGGAAAUAUUUGCGGUUGCCGCUCCAGUCCUUUGUGGAUUCAGCAGCUAUUUAUUCUUUGAGCAAUGUGCCCUACCCGCGGCCAUUCCCUGCCAAACUCUCAUUCCUUCGGGCUAUGUCAGUUACCUCCGUUCUUCUGGGAAUCUCCUCAUUCCUGAACCGAUCGCGCAGACAAACUCCAAGUAUAGCCCUCUCUAUUGCUCCACGACUUUGAGCCUUCUAAUUAUCUGCGACCACGUCUCAGUGUCAUACGUCAUUACUAUUAUUACAGGCAUUUUCGAUCAAUAUUUGAUUUGAAUUAAAACCCGAAAUACAGAUUUUUUGUUUUAUUUUCAGCUAUUUUAGAAAAUGCCCUUGAUAGUAAAUCAUGUUAUUUACAUGAUUUUUUUGGAUUACAUAGUUAUAUAAUGUCGUCCGUUUGUUCACUUCACUGAAUAAUGAGUAAGAAUGAGCAAAUUUUUUGGAAACAACAUAAAGUCCGUUUCUCUAUUUCAAAUUGAAUUUUGUGGUGUUUUCAAAAAACAUUUAGAUUUUUACAAUCAUACUUUACUGGUAUUAUGGUAAUUUUCUAUUCUAUUCUUUAAUAAUAAUCUAUUAAAUAUCAGGCUAAUAUUAAAAUAUAGUGAAUUUAAUUAAGUACUACAGAGCUUGAAAAUGGAGAUAUGAAACUUUAGUAUGGCAAUUUCUCUACCGGUUAAUCUUAUGUAAUUAUUUUUUGAUUUUAUUUUUAUUUUAUUUUUUUUGCAGACAUUAAUUAGUAAGUUUAUCUAAAACUUUUGGAUGUCUUCAUGCAAUAAGAACGAAGUAAUAAACAAUUUUAACUUUGAAUAAUUCAGGCUUUUCCGACGUUGAAAUUGUAACAGAAAAUACUCUUUUAUUUAUGUUUCUUAAUAUAUUAGGUAAAUACUAUAUUUUAUACUGUGAAAUUAUUUAAACGGGAACAUUUUUAGUUUGUCGCUGCGACAAAACUAGUUUUAUAGUUUUAAAAAUCACUGUGUGUAGAUUAGAAUAUUAUUCCCUUAAUACAUGAAUAUGAUUAUAAUUAUUGAAAAAUAUUAUAUUAUUAUC